ACUUUCUUACACGAGAGGAUAGCCAAGCUUCUCUCUCUUUUCAUCUCACACCAAAUAUAUAUAUAUAUACAUACAAUAUAUAAAGCCCAUUUUAGAUGCAAAUUCCUUUCCUCAUACAUAUCUAGUCCUCUCUGUUUUGAUACAUAGCUUUCAUUUCUUCAUAUAUAAAUAUAUUACAUAUAAUCUAAUUGAGCAAACAGUAAUUGGAAAAGAAAAAAAAAAGAAAAGAAAAAAGAGGGCCUUUCGCCCUCUAAUCUUAUUAUGCCUCCCCUCAGAUCUUAGAUUUCCAUAAUUUCCCAUCUGGGUUCUCUUCAUUUGGUAAAUUUUCAUUGGAAUCCUAGGAUUGCGAGUCGAUCAGUAAUUGUUUAGUGAAGCCUCUGAUGUUUUUAGAUUGAAUCCUAGGACACCCAUUUUCAUAUCUAACAAAGAAGAGUAUCCCAGUUUCGUUUGAAUUAUCUUUUAAGUUUCAUGAGCAGAAUGGAAAUGGAACCUGGUAAGCUCUUUGUUGGUGGUAUAUCUUGGGACACAAAUGAAGACCGUCUUAGAGAGUAUUUCCAGGCUUUUGGAGACGUCAUGGAAGCGGUGAUUAUGAAGGAUCGAGCCACCGGUCGUGCCCGUGGAUUUGGUUUUAUUGUUUUUGCUGACCCUGCUGUUGCAGAGAAAGUUGUUAUAGAGAAACACGUGAUAGACGGUAGAAUUGUUGAAGCAAAAAAGGCAGUUCCUAGGGAUGACCAGAACAUCUUCAACAGAAGUAACAGCAGCAUUCACGGGUCACCUGGUCCUACUCGCACAAAAAAGAUAUUUGUAGGAGGUUUAGCAUCGACAGUAACUGAGAGUGACUUUAAGAGGUAUUUUGAUCAAUUUGGGAUAAUUACUGAUGUUGUAGUGAUGUAUGACCAUAACACACAGAGGCCUAGAGGAUUUGGGUUCAUUACUUAUGAUUCAGAGGAUGCAGUAGAUAAAGUGUUGUACAAAACCUUUCAUGAACUUAAUGGCAAGAUGGUUGAGGUUAAGCGAGCUGUCCCAAAGGAGUUAUCCCCAGGACCAAGUCGGGGCCAAUUAGGUGGUUUUAGCCAGGGUAUUGGUAGAGUUAGUAGCUUGCUUAAUGGAUACUCUCAGGGAUAUAAUCUCAACUCAAUUCCGUAUGGUAGAUUUAGUCCAGUUACUAUUGGUCGGAGUGGAUUUUCACCAUUCAGUAGUGGUUAUGCAAUGGGAAUGAAUCUUGAGACAGGGUUGAGUCCAAGCUAUGGAGUCAAUGCAAACCAUGGUUCUAACCUCAGCUAUGGACGGGUGGUGAGCCCCUCAUAUGGUGGAACCCCAAACCGAUACAAUGGAGCCACUGGGUAUGGUGGGGGAAAUGAAGGAAGUAGCUCCAUCCUAAGCACAAGUCGGAAUUUGUGGGGCAAUGGCAAUCUCAACUAUGCUGCAAACUCCACAAACUCAAAUGCUUUUCUAGGUUCGGGUGGUGGGAACACAGGAGUGAGCUCUUUUGGCAGCAUUGGAACACUUUGGGGCUCCUCGCCUAAUGCAAACCAAGGUGGAGGUGCUGGUUCUACCUAUAGCACUAGCAAUCUCAGCUAUGGUGGCAGAGAUGCCAGUUUUGUUGGGUCUGGCAGUUUAGGCUUUGGAAGAAAUGGUACAAAUGUAGCAGCAGCAGCAUCAUAUGCUGCAAAUGGUAGUUAUGAUGGCACUCGUGCAGACAUUUAUGAUGGUGGUUCACUUUAUGGGGAUGCCACUUGGAGAUCAUCACCAUCAGAGAUUGAAGGGUCUGGCUCAUUUGGAUUUGGACUUGGAAAUGGAGCUUCAGAUGUCAUGAGUAAAAAUUCUGGUUAUAUUGGGGGUUAUGGUGUUACCAACAGACAAUCUGCAAGAGGAAUUGCUGCCUAGGAAGUUUAUGGGAUGAAUGGUUAGAAGUUGUUGUAGAUGAAGUGUACUUGGUAAGCAGGUGGAGAGAUACUUGGUUUAUACUAAAACAUGAUUAGAGCUAAUUGGGGCGCCUGUCUCGAAGAUUACAGAGAGAAAUUUACAAAAAAAGGAUUUCUUAAAAGGUUUGAGAUUGAGUUUGAUACAAGGUUUCGUCUCUUGGAAUUUCAUUUGAGAUGAUGUAUAAUCAGAUUGAGGAGUAUACACAGAAUUAUUUGUAUCAUCAUGUGUCUCUGGUUAGAGAGAGCCACACACAUAAAAGGGAAGUUGUUUUAUUUCUUUCUUCUUUUACCAUAUUUCUCUGCUGUAACAUUCAGCAAUUUGUUUGUUCUUGUCAGUCAGGUAUGUUUUUUAUUUUUAUUUUUUCUAAAUUUUGUUCUUCCUGUUUUUGGGGGCAGAUUAUAUGAAAUGUAAUGUCUGAUUGUUUUUGUACUAGUGUGAUACGCUUAAGAAAACCAACUCACGCUUAGUUAAAUUCAUUUUCAAUAUCAAAUUUUUAUUUAGUUUUUA